AUGGCAUAUCGAGAUGACCGGGCUGAAGAGCCCUUCCACCCUUAUGAGCCAUAUCAUCCCUCUGGCUCUGCCGCUGUAUCGCAAAGACCCGCGACAAGCCAGGCGCCUUUGAGCCAUCGCGUCUCUGCAAUGUCACUUUAUCCCGACGACAAUCCAUACGAUCCUGCGGUACACCCUCCACUCCACGGUCGCGAAUCCAUGGUCUCGCUCGCCUCUCAUGCUGGUCACCAAAGUCCGCCCCAAACCGAAAAUGAUGGGCACACAUAUUCUCCUGGUUCUGGAUGGUCUGCGUCGUUUGGCUACAAUGGCGCUGGAGGAUCUUACGCGCCUGUAUCGGCAGCAGGACCACCACCUUCACGGCUCCCAUCUAGGGCUAAGCGCAUGUCUGCCUAUGGUUCAUCACUUGGACGAACAAUUCCCGAGGAAGGCGACAAUGGAGAAGCAUACGACUUGUCAUUACUCGGAGGCGUAGCCUCAAUGGGUUACUCCAGUAGCUACAACCGAAUAAAAGAGGACGAGGACGAGGACGACGAUGUUUCUCCUGGUUUCGAUGUUAGUGCUGCGCUAGGACCAAUGACCUCCCACGAUGAGGAUUUUAUCAAGAAGCUACAGGAAAAGGAGGCCAAUGGGAUGUUAACAGGAGGAUUGGGUCAAGGCUUCCAUGCGGAUGUUACGAUGAGGGACGACGAGCUUCUGUCAGCAAACCCCGUAACUGUCCAGCGCAGUCUUUCGCGAUCCUUCUCCCGGCGCAACCAGCCCUCACGUAUGGGCCGAGCCGAGACAAUUCGACAGAGGGGCCAGGAUGAAGCUAACCGGAAAGGAGAAGUGAUUGAAGUAAUAUUGGAAGAGAAUCCAGGCGCAGACUUGAGCAGUAUCGAAGGACUCAGCACCGUCGCAUCCAAUGAUUUCCGCCGAUCAACAUUUCCAGUCAAGGAGGGCAAGACAGAGGUAUUUUACCCUCAACCGAACUGGAAACCGCCUACAAUGCGAUGGCCAUACUUGACACUGUUGAUUAUCAUAUCUGUUGUUCUGGCUGUUGUACAGGAAUACUUGUUCCAAAGAUUCCACAAGGAGCCUAUUAUCUCAUUCAAGGAGCCCAAGAACAUAGACGCGUUUGUUUACUUUGCAGUCAAGUUUCUGCCAACAGUUGUUGCGGUCAUCUUUGGUGUUUUCUGGCAGUUUACUGAUUUUGAAGUCCGUCGCUUGGAGGCCUUCUACCAACUAUCCAAGCAACAAGGCGCAUUGGCCUCAAAAUCUAUCAACGCCGACUAUGUUACAAGCUUCAGCUUCUGGCGGCCUUUCCGCGCAAUCAAGCUAGGCCACUAUGCGGUGGCUUUGUCUUCGUUUGCAUCGAUUAUGGCUGUCUCGCUCGUGCCUACGUGUGCAGCUGCGUCUAUUGUACUGACACCGACUCGCAAGGAGCGUAUGGAAAAGCCCGAUGACGUGAAGGAAAUCUUUGUGGCAGCGAUGUGGUCUCGACUUUUGACUGUGGUCCUAUCAUUUUGCGCGCUCAUGGGCUGUGGUCUCCUUUACGUACUGCAGACACGACGGUCUGGUCUGCUUGCUGAUGUGAGAGGUAUCGCUGGCCUUGCAAGCAUGGCCGUUGUAAGCCAUGUUUUGAUGGAUUUCAAAGACAUGGAUACGGCCAAACAUAAGGACAUUCACCAGAAGCUAAAGCGUCGGCGGUAUAUGCUGAGAAACUCUUCUCUCGCACCCUAUGAGGGCACAAGUGCGAAAGUCGAAACAGAUAAAGAGCAGGAUGACGCAGCUCAUCUCUCAGAGCACCCACAUCCCCUGAUGCUGCGACCGAUGGGAUGUAUCCCUUUUAUAAUUGGGUUGAUUCUUUUCGCAGCCUUGAUUCCGAUCCUCCUCUUCACGCCCGCCCAAGUUAUUACAGAUAAGGCUGCUUGGGUUGUCACGGCGUUAGCUGUCAUUCUCAAGCUGUGUUGGGGAGCCAUGGAGACAUCGGUGCGCAUGAUGGAGCCUUACUAUAUCCUUUCCAAGCGACACGCGCACUCGAAGACUCUUACCCUUGAUUACACAGCGUUGCCUUUCGCUUAUAUGCCUUUACGGGCGCUUUUGAACGGACACUUUGUGGUGUUUUUGGUGGGAUUCGGCUCUGUCAUGGCCGAGUUCCUUACGAUUCUCGUGACCAGUCUUGCCACAGUAGACGGACAAGACUUUAUCGUGGGAUAUGGCCUGCAUCUUGGCAAGGGAUGGAAAGACAAAGACGAUGAAGACAAGAAGAUGUUUAAUUCUGGACAAGAGACGGUGCGCUCGUUUUACAUCACCCUUGGCUCCACGCUAUUCAUAUUGUUAUACAUGUUUGUCGUUGCAAACAUGGUUUUUUUUCGACGACGGCACCCUUUUCUGCCGCGACAGCCCAACACGAUUGCGUCGAUUUUGGCCUUUAUUCACCAGAGCAAGAUGUUGUAUAAUUUCGUGGGCACCUCCAAGCUCAGCAACACGGAUAUGGCGAAGAAGUUGGAUGAUGGAAAGACAUACGGAUUGGGUUGGUUUACAGGAAGAGAUGGACAGACACAUUGCGGAGUGGAUCAAGAGGAGUUGACGAGUUCAUACAAGCACGGCGUUGAUUACACGACGAUGAACAAUCCGUGGAACGCGCAAUGGGACGUGCUGUAG